UGUUUUUUUUUAAUCGGACCGGAAGUUCUGCGUUUACUGUGGCUAACUUGACACUGUUGUGAUAACGAGGUGCAGCUGCCGUAGUUUAGUAGCAGUAGUCGUUAAGGAGCGGACAGAGGACCGGGCAGAACAGGAGGCAAGAUAGCAUAAAUGGCCCUAGUGCCUACGGAGUGAAGAAUGGGCUCCACGCCAUCACAGCCAUGGCUAGAUCCACCAACAGAAGCGCCAAGGACGGGGACUCACGGGUAACCGCCCCCACUGACCGCGGAGAGGUGCGGGACUUGGCCGAGCCCCGGGAACUGUCUCUGGAGGAGGUGCUGAAGUCCUACGAGCAGCCCAUUAACGAAGAGCAGGCAUGGGCGGUAUGCUACCAGUGCUGCAGCGGGCUGAGGGUGCCCCGCCCGCCGGCCGGGAGAGUCAGCCAGGUGAAGGACCCAUCAUCCAUCCUCCUACACAAGGACGGAACUGUGUCAUUACAGCAGGAGCCUCAAGACAACGAUGACGCUGACGGGACUCCUCCUCCACCCUCUGCAGAGCGUCAGGCCAGACAGCUGGUCCAGUCGCUGGGCGUGGCCAUCUACCAAGCUCUGGACUGGGGGCUGGACGACAGCGAGGAGCGGGAGCUCAGUCCACAGCUGGAGCGCCUCAUCGAACGCAUGGCCGGGGGGGAGCAGAGCGGAGAGGGCGACAGCACUGCCGGCAAUGGCGCAACAGAUGAGGGGUACAGCGGGCAGGAAGAGGAGGAGGAACUAGAGGAGGAGCAGGAGGGAGUGAUAAGGCCGAUGUGUACGUUCCACCAGGUGAUGGCGAUGUGUGCGUCUCGUCUGGCCAACCCAAGCCUGGCUCCAGAGCACUACCAGGCCGUGUGCAGAGCUCUGUUUGUAGAGACUCUAGAGCUGCAGACCUUCCUCAUCAAGAUCAGAGAUGCUAAGGAGAUGCUGAAGAAGAUCACAAAAGAUGAAGCUCUGGAAGACAGGUCGACAGCUGAACUAGACGCACUGAAACACAGAGACUGGGCGCGUCUGUGGGUGCAGCUGAUGAAGGAGCUCAGGCAGGGCGUGAAGCUGAAGAAGGUGCAGGAGCAGCCGUUCAACCCACUGCCCACAGAGUUCAGCCUCACUCCUUUUGAGAUGCUGAUGCAGGACAUACGAGCGCGCAAGUUCCAGCUACGUAAAGUCAUGGUGGAUGGAGACAUUCCUACCAGAGUGAAGAGAAAUGCCCAUGAACUGAUCCUGGACUUCAUCAGAUCAAGACCUCCACUUAAACCGGCCACAGAGCGCAGCCUCCCCCCUCCUCCCCCGCAGCAGCAGUCCCUCCAUGACCAGGUCCUGGCUGAGAUCAAGCAGGAGAGAAAGCUCAGGCCUGUGGUCCUACCCAGCUCCAGACCAUUCGGCUCUCUCCCCUGCCUGGCUCAGACCUGUCCCUGUAACGUCAAAUCUACUUCGUGCAUCGACCUGUCCGUGUCAGAGCCCGGGCCCCGGCCGCCGCCCCGCCCUCGCAUCCUGCUCAAGGCCCCGACCCUGGCAGAGAUGGAGGAGAUGAACAUAUCUGAGGAGGAGGAGUCCCCAGACAACGGGGAGCUGAGGAGGGCAGAGAGCUCCCCCAUGCCUCUGAAGAGGGAUCGCUCCUUCUCGGAGCAUGACCUGGCCUUGCUCCGUGGAGAGAUGCUUCCUUCGCUCUCUGAGUCGGUGCAGCUGGACGGCGCCGUAAGGCUGAGGGGCGAGAGGCCGCGGUCCCGGACACUGACCAGCAGCGGGCCGCCUCCUUAUCACAGAGCCUCCUUCCCAGUCACCGGCUGGGUGCCAUCCUCUCCGGCCCGCCUGUCCCUGAGUUCAGUUGACGAGACCACAGAGGGGUCAGAGACGGCGUCAGGCUCCAGAGCUGGAGAUGAGCACCAGUGGAUGGAGGAGUUCAGUCACCCUGUGGAGAGUCUCGCCUUAACAGUGGAUGAGGUCAUCAAUGUGCGCCGGGUGCUUGUCAAAGCAGAGAUGGAGAAGUUUCUUCAGAGCAAAGAGCUCUACAACAACCUGAAGAGAGGCAAGGUUUGCUGCUGCUGCAGAGUGAAGUUCCCUCUCUUCUCGUGGCCAUCUACCUGCUUACUGUGUAAAAGAUCCGUCUGUGUCUCCUGCAGUGCGAAGAUGAAGAUUCCCUCAAAGAAGAUGGCCCAUAUUCCUGUGUACACUGUGGGCUUCCACAGCACUCCAAAGAGCCAUGGACACAAAAGCCAAGUCUAUAAGUCCCUGCGCAGUUUGUCCCGCCGCUCAGUGGAGGAGGAGUUCCCCCACCUGUACGCUCACGGCUGCACACUGCGAGACGUCUGCGCUGAAUGCACCAAAUUCGUUGCCGAUGUCAUUUCCUCCAGCCGCCGGAGUCUGGACAUCCUCAACAACACUCCCAAGAGGGAAGCCAAAGCUGCCGCCGCUGCUCAGAGACCACAGCUGCAACGUCAGUCCCACCUCGACAUUUGCUCGCAACCAAGCCCUCCCCAACCUCACCGUCAGCGUCACCCUCCCCCUUACCCACAGUCACAGUGUCACCCCCAGCUCCCUCCCCACUCCCAUCAUCAACAGCAGCAGCUCCACGCAUCGGUGACACCUUCUUCGCCGCAGCUCCUCACCAAGGUGAUCAACAAUGUGAACCAAUGAGUAGAUUGACACUUUCUGCCUUUCUGCCUACACACACACUCCUUAAUGAAUUGUGCUGCUGCACCACACUGCACACACACGCACGCACACACACACAUGUACAGAAAAAGUAGUGGUCUUCAAGGGGUUCUAGUAGUUACAUGCAAAGCAGUAAUGACCUCAAAGAGCCAUCUGAUUGGUUCACAUGAAUAAAAAAUAAUAAAUGAGAAUACAUAAUCCAGUGAGGAUCCUUCAGAGUUCUUUAAGUAUUGCUGGGUUGGAGUAUUACGUGCAUUAUUGAAUGGUUAUGCUAUGAAAUGAUAUACUGUAUAAAACUAAAGAAGAUUUUUCUGGAGCUGUAUAGAUCCCUUUUUAGUGAGAAUCUAGCGACUGUAAACCACAACCACCUCACGCAUCAUCCAGUUCCCGACAACAUUAUCUUCCCCGUCUCACCGUCUCACUCACACACACAUGCACAGAGCCCCCUAUUCAUUUCAUAGGGUUUCAAUAAGAAGCAGUUGUGUCUGUAUCUGCCUUAUCUACAGCAUCAUGACUUCACUUCCUGAAGCUCACGGCUGCUGGGAGGCAAGCAUAUUGGGGGAGAGGGCAGAUGAGGAAAGUACUGGUGGUGGUGGUGGUGAUGGUGCUGUUGGGGGGGGUCGGGGGGGGGGGGGUACACUGUGAGAGAGAAGGUGGAGGUGAGUUUGAUGGGGAUAAAAGCUGCCCAGCAUUUAGUCAACAUGUAACCGUAGCAGUUUAGCUCUUGUGGUUGCCUUGUUUUUGUCAUGAAUGUAACUUAGAAUCAGAACAGAAACAGAAUUGUAAAACGAUAAGCUCGCACACAGCAUAAUGACUUUUAUUUUUAAUCAUCCAAAAAAAGGAUUUGUAACGAGCGGCUGCUGUUUAACUUUUGCAUUUUAAACAUGCUUUUGAAGUCCCAGGUCCAGCUGGAUGAGGUAUGAUAGUGAUGACACUGUGAAUGUAAUGGGGUGAAGCUGCAGACUGCUGCGUCUUUAACUGAUACAGCUCGAUGAUGCUGAUGUGAAGCGAGCAGAUGAAACUCCCGUCUCUCUCACUCCCCAUGGACGCUUGCAAUCUGCUCUGGUUUUGUAAACACUAAGUAAACCUCAACUGCAAUAAAAUCUACUGACAAACACGA